AUGACAAUUAGCACAAAAAUACUUGGAUUAGUAGCGAAAAAUUCCUCAUUGGAUAAUAAUUCCAUCAAUGAAAAACCCGUUAAUAAUACAUGUGAAACUACGGAAGAAGAAAAGCUACUAAAUAAACUUGAGGAGACAGAGCCAGAAUUAGCAACAUGCCAAGAAGAAGAGUGCGUGAUUUGCAUCAAUGCUAAAGCUACAAUGCAAACUGCUCCUUGUGGACAUCUUGUUGUUUGUAGAAAAUGUUUCGUCAAAACUAUCCAGAUUGCUGUAUCUCAAAGGCUUCUUCCUCUGAGGUGUGUGAUUUGUAGGGCGAAAAUUUUACGGCUUAAGACUGGACCAAUUCUUCCAACAUCAGCAAGUGGUUAUUCAAUCACUUCCAGAGGAUCUUCAGUACCGCAAUCCGAUAGCCUUUAUAGUGUCAGUAGUGGUGAAUCAUCCAUAUCUUUCGCAUCAAGUUCUUCCAAUAACAGCAACAAAGAAAGUGCUCCAUGUUGCAGUGGUCGAUGUCUAGGAGCAUAUCCUAGACAACCUCAUACAGGAGCGAUUAAACGUUCUCAAGAACACGCAAUGAAAAUAAAAAUACAAGAUUAUUGCAGGCCUGAGAAAAAUCAUGUUAACCGUCUACCUCCAAUAAAAGAAAUGCCAGGACAAAGUCCUCUGCAUACUGCUCCUCCGGCUUCUACAAGGAUCAGAUGUGCACAAAAAAUUGUAACUCAACUGGAAUUACCACUUAUGAGAAGAGGUCAUAAAUACGAACGGAUCCCGCAAGAAGAUGACGCCGAAGUUCCUGUUUCUGUUAAACCUGUUGAAAAGACUAAAAGAUGGUGGAGCGACAGAACAAAAAGUGAAGAAAAAAUUGACAACAAGAAAAACGAAUUAGUUGAAAAACAUAUGGAAUUGAAGGAAAGGUUAAUGAAGGCCGAACAGUUAACGGAAGCUACUAGUACAAACAUUAAAGAUGAGAAGCUAUAAUACA